AUCGCAGCGCUCAAGAAGGUGCUCGUGACGGGCGCCGGCGGCCGCACGGGGAAGCUCGUCUUCAAAAAGCUCAAGGACGACUACGCCGACGUCGCGCCCCUGGGCCUCGCGCGGUCGGCCAAGGCGGCCAAGGCCCUCAAGGCCGCGGGCGCCGCCGGCGACGAGGUCGUCGCCGCCGACGUCGCCGACGAGGCCGCGCUCGCGGAGGCCAUGGCCGGCUGCGACGCCGUCGUGCUCUGCACUUCCGCCGUGCCCGCGAUCAGGAAGCGGUCGCUCGUCAAGCUCAUGGUCAAGAAGCUGCUCCGGCGCCCGGACGUCGGCCGGCCCGAGUUCUCCUUCCCGCCGGGCGGCACGCCCGAGGAGGUCGACUGGCUCGGCGCGAGGAAGCAGAUCGACGCGGCCAAGGCCGCCGGCGUGUCCCACUUCGUGUUCGUGUCGUCCAUGGGCGGCACGCAGCCCGAGAACUUCCUCAACACCAUCGGCAAGCAGGACGACGGCUCCGGCGGCGACAUCCUCCUCUGGAAGCGCAAGGCCGAGCGCUACCUCGUCGACAGCGGCGUGCCGUUCACGAUCGUCCACCCGGGCGGCCUCGUCGACGAGGAGCCGGGCAAGCGCGAGCUCACGGUCGAGGUCGACGACGUCCUGCUGGGGCUCAAGAGCCGCUCCGUCGCGCGCGCGGACGUCGCGCGCGUCUGCUGCGCGGCGCUGUUCGACGACGCGGCCCUGGGCAAGUCCUUCGACCUCGCGUCCAAGCCCGUCGGCGAGGGCACGCCGACGCUCCACGCCGCCUCCGUCUUCGAGGCCCUCGCGGGCAAG